GGAGGAGGAGGAGGAGGAGGAGGAAGGCCAGGGAGACGCCUCCCCUUCUGAGCUCAUUUCCAGAGGGAGGAGCCGGGCUCUUUCCCGGCUGAAGCCUUUGGGAGAAAGAAGAGCAGGAGGAGGGAGCCCAGGGAGAAGACAGUAACACAGCAAUAACAAGAAGGAAAUAAGUAGAGGAAAACAUAAUAUUGAAAACCAUACACGUAUGAAUUUGAAGAAGAAAAACAAGACUGUGCUCUAAAAAGAAUCAUUUGGAAACUAUACCAGAGAAGCUACAGAAUAAUCAAAGAAAUUUUAUUCAAGAAGUUCAUAUUUGUAAACCUUUGACAAAAUAUUUAAAUCUUAAGACAAAAGGAAUGACAUACCAUUUAUAUCCUUAUCCCGGAGCACACACAAGGGAGAAGUUAUAUAAAUGUGUGGAAUGUGGAAAAAGCUUCAGUUGGAAAAGUUCUCUGACUAUACAUCAAAGGACCCACACAGGAGAUAAGCCACACAGAUGCACAGAAUGUGGAAAGAGCUUCAUUCGAAGAGGAGAGCUGCGUUCCCAUCAAAGGACCCACACAGGGGAGAAGCCAUACGAAUGCAUGGAAUGUGGAAAGAACUUCUCUCAAAGUGGAGCUCUGCGUUCCCAUCAAAGGAUCCACACAGGGGAAAAGCCGUACGAAUGCAUAGAAUGUGGAAAGAGCUUCAUUCGUAGUGGACAGCUGCAUUGCCAUCAAAGGAUCCACACAGGGGAGAAGCCAUUUGAAUGCACAGAAUGUGGAAAGAACUUCAGAUGGAGUUCAGAAUUUGCUAAACAUCGAAGAAUUCACACAAGGGAGAACCCAUAUCAGUGCCUGGAAUUAGGAAUGAGCUUCAGUGAUGGUGGAACGUUAAAUGAACAUCAACAAAUUGACACCGGGGAGAUCCCAUAUAAAUGUAUGCAAUGUGGAAUGAGUUUCAGUGAUGAUAGUACAUUUACUAAACACCAGAGAAUUCACACAGGAGAAAAACCAUAUGAAUGUAUGGAAUGUGGAAAGACCUUCUCUCAGGCUGGACAGCUGCUUUGCCAUCAAAGGACCCACACAGGGGAGAAACCCUAUAAAUGCACAGAAUGUGGAAAGACCUUCUCUCAGGCUGGAUCGCUUUAUUCCCAUCAAAGGACCCACACAGGAGAGAAGCCAUAUAAAUGCACAGAAUGUGAAAAGACCUUCUCUCAGAUCGGACAUCUGCAUUCCCAUCGAAGGACCCACACAGGAGAGAAGCCUUAUAAAUGCACAGAAUGUGGGAAGAGCUUCAGCCAAAGUAGCCAUCUGCGUUACCAUCAAAGGACCCACACAAAGGAGAUGCCGUAUGAAUGCACAGAAUGUGGAAUGAGCUUCAGUGAAGGUGGGACAUGCAGAAGACAUCAAAGAAUCCAUACCGGGGAGAAACCAUUUAAAUGCAUCGAGUGUGGAAAAAGUUUCAGUCGGAGCACACAUCUGCGUUACCACCAAAGGGUCCACACAGGGGAGAUGCCAUAUAAAUGCGUGGAAUGUGGAAUGGGUUUCAAUGGCGAAAGAUCAUUGACUAAACAUCAAAGAGUUCACACAGGGGAGAUGCCAUAUAAAUGCACAGACUGUGGAAUGAGCUUCAGUGACAGUGGAACAUGCAGGAAACAUCAAAGAACCCACACAGGGGAGAAGCCACAUCAAUGCAUCGAAUGUGGAAGAAGCUUCAGUCGGAGCGCACACCUGCGUUCCCAUCUAAAGGUCCACACAGAGGAGUUGCCACAUAAAUGCAUGGAAUGUGGAAUGAGUUUCAGUGGUGGGAGAUCACUAACUAAGCAUCAAAGAAUCCAUGGAGGGGAGAUGCCAUAUAAAUGCAUAGAAUGUGGCAUGAGUUUCAGUAAUGGUAGAUCAUUAACUAAUCACCUAAGAAUCCACACAGGGGAGAAGCCUUACAAAUGUAUGGAAUGUGGGGAGAGCUUCAGGAAUGCUUCAACGUGUGCUAGACAUAAAAGAAUACACACAGGGGAGAAGCAUUUCCAAAUUGCCUCACCAUGAAGCUGUAUGUUUCCCCCAAUAAGUCUUUUAAACUGUUUCAUCACUAUCUAUCGCAACAUGUCCAUUCAAAUAUGAUGGAUAUGGAUUUCUAGGCUCACCUGGAAUCCCCCUUAUCCUUCUCUGCUGAGCCCAUUCCUUGGGUAGGAGACCUAUCUGCUCUAGAGUUGUAUAUCUUCCAAGAUUAUAAAUAAAUAUAAAUAAACUAAACUUUAUUUCUA